AUGGAAGGAGCACCACCACUGUCGUGGAUCGCUCAUCCAGUACGCGUCCAACUUGUCGCUGGAGGCAGUGAACAGUGCGUUGAGGGCAAUCUCUACACUGUGGAUCCACUAACUGGAAGCUUGGUACUUGUGCGAUUCCGCAAUGAAAAGCCUUGCCAGGUUUCAUGGAUACCUCGUGAAGGCUACAUCUCGGUGAGCAUGAUCGACGAGUCAUCUCCUCACUGCCAACAAUAUAGUGUUGAAUUGGCUGACAUGAUGGGUAAUAUGUUUGGCAUGCGAAAUGUGGACGAAGUGGACGCUGAAGAGUUGAAAGAAAGGCGAACUCGGCUUCUAUCGUGGUUACGAGCGAACCACGUGGACGUCAAGGAAUGCGAUGACGGUUCUCUGCUGAUUUUUGGGGCAGCACGUAUUCAGUCGCCGUUCAAUGAAGACAGUUGCUAUUGUGAUAAUUCUAUUAUUCUGAAACGAUUACGUGCAUUGGUUGCAAAAGUGCCAAAAUGA